AUGGGACGUCCACUAUCCUGUUGCUGCAGAAGGUACAGUGCAGCAUCGGGAGAGAGCUUCAAGGUUAGUCUGGGCCCGAGGCUGCAGGAGGCAGCCUUACAGGAAACAGGUCCACAAAGUGCGGCAAGUCUCAAGAUGCCCGUUCGGAGUGAGGCUCCCGAUCCGAGUCAGGCCGUGGAAGGUGGCGAAGUGGGGAACCCAGCAAUAGAGCCCCGCGCUGGACUCCAGCCGGGCAUCAGCCAGGAUUUUAACACUGGCGCUGUGGGCGUGGUCGCCGGUUCUGAGGUGGCUCUGGAAUCCAGUGGGACGGGGGUGUCUUCGAACCCGCGAUCGGGCGGUAGCAGGCCGCCGUUGGGGAGCCGGCUGGAACUCUUGAAGAGUCUAAGUGUCCGGUCCGGGGGCGAUGUCAGCCGCAGCAGCAGUCUGGAACAAAACCCGCGAGUACUCAAGGUCGAGGUCCACUCCAUCUCGCCCCACGCUGACAUCGCCUCCACCAACUUCGUUUCAGGCGAUAGUGGUGGUUACGAAACCGUAGACUCGCGCUGGCAACGGGGUGGGGCAAGGCCAAGGACCCCGGGCGGUCCCCAGGAUCAGAGGGACGCUGGUCAGAGGGACCCUGGUCAGAGGGACCCGGGUCAGAGGGACACCGGGCAGUGUGCCACCGGGCAGACGAGUGGUCCAGAGACGUGGCGCGAGACCUCGAGGCCCGUGACCGACCUGGGACGGCGUGGAAGCAAUGAGUCGUUCCGCUCCGCUCACGAGUCGUUUCCAGAAACUGUUAGCGACUCACAACCGCCACUGGAAAGAAAGGAGGGACCCGUUGGGGAGGCGGGAGGCCCUAAAGGGCCGGGGGAGGCUCGGCAGGGAACUGCAGCCUCGAACCAAAUGGCGACCAGACACGAGGAGCAGGCUCGGGAGCAAGCUCGGGAACGAGAGGGUUAUGGGAGGCACGUGGCGGCCGUCCCCCCGGGACUGAUGAGCGUUCGAGAGGACCAGACUCAAAAGCGCACUGAGAAGGCUCAGACGGAUAAGGGUCAGAUGGAUAAGGCUCAGACCGAGAACGUUGGUCGAACGGGGACUGGGGCUUCGACGGCGGUUGAGCAGACCCGGCCGGGGACGGGCCAAGGUACGAAGCCGCGGUGUGCUGAGAAUAUGGUGCUGGUUGAGAUCGGGAAGCAGUUAGCGCAGUUGGGGAUUCCGGAGGGGUUUGCUUCGAGUAUUAUGGAGGUGUGGACUCAGUGGUUCUAUGAACAGGCGCGGCGGUUCUAUCCUUUGACAUUGUCGUUGCUGCGUCUAAGAUGCCCGGGUCCCUGGUGGCUGGGAUCGGAGAUGAAGCAGGCCCCGGAGUAUGAGAACUGUCCCACCAUGGAGGAAACGCUGUAUAUACACCGCUUUUGUGUUGCUAGACAGCAGAAGACACCCGAAGUUCUGAAAAUGCUCAAAAAUGACCUGGAAUGGAGAGAAGUCGAAAAUGUUGAAGGUACAGCACAAGAAACAAUGAGUAAUGAAUUUAAAACCAGCCUACACGCCCUCUAUCCCCACGGCUAUUAUGGCUGUGACCGGGAGGGGCGACCGGUCUACUAUGAUCGUAUAGGGAAAAUGAAGUCUAAAGAAAUACUCCAACAAUUCAAUAAAGAAGACAUGGUCAAAUACUGGAUCAAUGGCUAUGAAAAUCUAAUGCGGGUCGUGUUGCCGGCAUGCUCAUUGCAACAGGGUCGUCGUAUAUACCAGGGCGUCACUGUGCUGGACAUGGAAGGCACAUCCAUGGGCGAGUUUACACGCAGUCGUGAGUUGUUAAACAUGUUGUUGUCCGUCGGUCAAUACCAUUACCCAGAGUGCAUGGCAAGGACGUACAUAAUACGUAGCACGUGGACGUUCCGUGCUAUUUGGAAGUUGGUCAAGCCGUUGCUGGCAGAAGACACGGUGAAAAAAGUGACAAUCGUUGACAAUGGUAAGGAGUUAGACACUUUGUCAGUCGUGAUUGACCCAACGAACCUUCCUCCCUUUACAACUGCCAGCCACCGUAACAACGACGACGCUUCAUGGUGUCUAAACCCAAUCGGUCCUUGGAUGGAUACCGCUGUGAGGCAGCGAAUUCAAAACCUGUUUCCGCCAUCGGCAAGUGACCUUUCAAUCAGUUUACAAUGA